AUUAAGUAAAACACUAUGAAUGUCUCAAUUCUGUGGAGAUUAUCAUUCGCUCGAAAUAUCUAACUCGUGGCAAUCGUGGGUGACAUAGAAGGUGAGAAAAGUUUUCCUCAAGUUAUUUCGAAAAACAUUUAGUGGUGUUCAGCACGGUUCGGAGGAAAGCAGAAUUUUUAUUCCUCAAAUUGUGGUCAUCCAGUUAUUCACCUCAUCGUUAGUCGCGCCACAGCCGCCGAUUAACUUUUUCUGUGGUUCAGCAGACUUCAGGGAUAACAUCAAGAUGAUGAGCAUGAUAGAUCCAGUUUCCUUCGCCAAGGAUUUCUUGGCUGGAGGAGUCGCUGCAGCAAUUUCAAAAACUGCUGUAGCACCAAUCGAAAGAGUGAAACUGUUGCUUCAAGUUCAAGCUGUUUCGAAGCAACUGAGCCCAGAAAAGCAAUACAAGGGUAUCAUUGAUUGCCUUGUCCGAAUCCCGCGCGAACAGGGCUUCUCGUCUCUAUGGAGAGGAAACUUGGCCAAUGUCAUUCGGUAUUUCCCGACCCAGGCCUUGAAUUUUGCCUUCAAGGAUAAGUACAAGCAGGUCUUCCUCGGAGGUGUCAACAAAGAUACUCAGUUCUGGAGGUUUUUUGCUGGCAACUUGGCUUCUGGAGGAGCUGCUGGAGCUACAUCGCUGUGUUUCGUAUAUCCCCUCGAUUUCGCUCGAACUAGACUGGCUGCUGAUGUCGGAAAGGGGUCGAAUCGAGAGUUCAAUGGAUUGAUUGACUGUCUAGCGAAGAAUUUGAAAUCUGAUGGCCUGAUGGGUUUGUACCGUGGGUUCGGUGUCUCAGUUCAGGGGAUCAUCAUCUACCGAGCUUCCUACUUUGGUUUCUUCGACACCGCCAGACACGUCCUCAUGCCUGACCCAAAGAACACAUCUCUGUUGUUUAAAUGGUUCAUUGCUCAGAUUGUCACGACUGUUGCUGGCUUCACAUCGUAUCCCUUCGACACCGUGAGACGUCGCAUGAUGAUGCAAUCUGGCCGGAAAGGAGCUGACAUUGCAUACAAAAACACCAUCGACUGCUGGAAGAAAAUCCUUGCCCAGGAAGGUGGAGCAGCUUUCUUCAAGGGUGCAUUUUCCAAUGUUCUCCGUGGAACUGGUGGGGCCUUAGUGCUUGUGUUGUACGACGAAUUGAAGGAACUCAUGUUUGGUGGAGACCUCGGUCCAACUUCCGACUAAAAUUAUGUGCGAUCGGCAAACUGACGUCGGAUGAAUGCGUUUAUAUUUAUCGCGUAUUUAUGUGUUGGUCUCUUUCGUUUCGUCCUUGAAUGACGACAGGAUCAUUUACUUUCCGAAAUAAAGGAUUCUAAUUCCCAGAA